AUGGCUUCCAAAACUUGUUCCUCCCUUGCUCUUUUCUUAACACUCAAUCUCCUCUUCUUUGCAUUUGUCUCUGCUUGCGAAACAUGCAGUGGUCCAUACACAAAGCCAAAGCCAAGACCAAACCCUUCAGGUGGCUCUAGCCCUUCAGGUGGAUCUAGCCCUUCAGGUGGCUCUAGCGGUUCAGGUGGCUCUAAUGGUUCAGGUGGCUCGUGCCCACGUGACGCACUCAAACUAGGUGUAUGUGCCAAUGUGCUAAAUGGGUUGCUGAAUGUGACUUUGGGUCAACCACCAGUGACCCCUUGCUGCACCCUCCUCCAAGGCCUUGUUGAUCUUGAGGCUGCAGUGUGUCUCUGCACUGCCCUCAGAGCAAACAUUUUGGGUAUUAGCCUCAACCUUCCCAUCUCACUCAGCUUGUUACUCAAUGUUUGCUCAAGGCAAGUCCCACGUAAUUUCCAAUGUGCUUAAUCAUUUCGUAUA